GACCAAUUGAGCACCGACUUGAAUUCUAUGGAUAAUGCUACGCCCGAAAACUUGAAAAAACUUGUAAAAGUGGGAGAGGCACUGUUAAAGAAACAAGCUUCAAAGUUGAAUAUAGCUACCGGCCUCCAUGAGCCUGAUGAACGUCAUAUUACUAAUGAAGAGGCUCUCAGAAGGGUAGCGGCAGUUCUCUCCAAAGAGAAGAAGGAACGUGCAAUCAGAUCAGCAGCACCACAAGCAAACCCAGCAUCUGCCAGCUGAUCGAUAAGCUUGAUACUCGAUCU